UCUCUUAGGUUUAGCGUCUGAUUGUUUGUCAGACUCUAAUGACGUGUUUGGAAAGUCAGAAAAUAUAAUUCCAGAUGGCGUACUUUCCAACGAAUUGACGUGUACCAAUUCCUACUAGUGGUUGUAACUUGUAUUGAGUUGACCAGCGUCGACUUUUCUUUCUAUUAAUUUCAUAAUUUUCUCUUCUUCAAUUGUAUCAGAAAACAAGGAAAAUUGAAAUCUAUGGGAAAGAAAUCCUCUUCUUCUUCUUCCUCUUCCUCUGUUCUUCUAUCGAACUCUAAGAACAAGAAUGGUUGGAUUCGCUCCAAUCGACUUGUUCUUCUUAUCGUUGGAUUCGUUUCUCUCACUUGCUUCCUUUUGGACCGCCAAUCUCUUGCACGAGACCACCAGGUGGAGGUUUCGAUGUUGAAUGAAGAAUUGGCAGAAUUACGCAGUCAGCUUGAGGAUUUAAGGACCCAACUCAAAGGUUCAGGGAUAGAGUUUCCCAUUAAUGAUAAGAAGCGGAAAAUGGAGGAGGAUGAUCCUAUUAGUUUUGAACGAAGAGAGAAAGUGAAAGAGGCUAUGCUUCAUGCUUGGACUUGCUAUGAGAAGUACGCAUGGGGUCAUGAUGAACUCCAGCCGCAAACACGGAAUGGUGUUGAUAGCUUUGGUGGUCUUGGUGCAACUUUGAUAGACUCUCUUGAUACAUUAUUCAUAAUGGGUCUUCAUGAAGAGUUUCAAAGAGCUAGAGAGUGGGUUGCAAACUCGUUGGACUUCAACAAAAAUUACGAGGCUAGUGUCUUUGAGACAACCAUAAGAGUUGUAGGAGGGCUUCUUAGCGCGUACGACCUCUCUGGUGACAAAAUUUUUCUUGAAAAGGCUAGAGAUAUUGCAGAUAGGCUGCUGCCUGCAUGGAAUACACCUUCAGGAAUUCCUUAUAACACAAUCAACUUAGCGCAUGGGAAUCCGCACAACCCUAGGUGGACAGGGGGAAGUAGUAUCCUGGCAGAUUCUGCAACAGAGCAGCUGGAAUUUAUCGCCUUAUCUCAAAGGACAAAAGACCCCAAGUACCAGCAGAGGGUGGAGAAUGUUAUCAAAGAGCUUCACAAAAACUUUCCUGCUGAUGGUUUGCUUCCCAUAUAUAUUAAUCCUCACACUGGAAUGUCUUCAUACUCAGUGAUCACAUUUGGUGCCAUGGGUGAUAGCUUCUAUGAGUAUUUACUCAAGGUUUGGAUGCAAGGGAACAAAACAGAAGCUGUAAAGCUUUACAGAGAAAUGUGGGAGACAUCAAUGAAAGGUUUUCAAAGCUUGGUUCACAGAACAACACCAUCAUCCUUCGCAUACAUACGUGAGAAGAAUGGAAAUCAGAUGUCUAACAAGAUGGAUGAAUUGGCUUGUUUUUCCCCUGGCAUGUUGGCAUUAGGUUCUUUUGGUUAUGACACUGGAGAAGCUUCAAAAAUGCUAUCACUCGCUGAAGAGCUUGCGUGGACUUGCUAUAACUUCUACCAAUCAACACCUACAAAAUUGGCUGGAGAAAACUAUUUCUUUCAUGAUGGACGGGACAUGAGUGUUGGGACAUCAUGGAACAUUUUGAGGCCUGAGACGGUUGAGUCGCUCUUUUACCUCUGGCGUUUAACUGGGAACAAGACAUACCAAGAAUGGGGUUGGAAUAUUUUCCAAGCAUUUGAAAGGAACUCUCGCAUAGAGACAGGAUAUGUUGGACUCAAGGAUGUGAAUACAGGUGUCAAAGACAACAUGAUGCAGAGCUUCUUCCUUGCCGAGACACUUAAAUAUCUCUACCUGCUGUUUUCGCCUUCGUCUGUCAUCUCUCUGGAUGAAUGGGUGUUUAACACCGAAGCCCACCCCUUGAGAAUCGUGACUCGUGAUGAGAACAUUCAGUUUGACAGAAAACAGGAUUUGCCAACCCGGUUUCGCGGUAGGAAGGAGGGUCGAUCAGGAUACAAUUAGUUUACAUCCUCUCAAAAUUUGGGUUAAGCUACAUUGCUUCUUUUUUAGAAUGCUCAUGGUUUAAGCUCAAAUUCAGGAUAAUUCAGGUCUCCCAUCCCAUCAAGGUUGGUGGCUGCUACCACAUUGAGGAUUCAUUUCAACCUAAUUUAAGCAAGGCAGGCAGGUCUGAACUCUUGGGGAUGUCUUUUAAUUCGAACUCGAAUGAGCAUGUAGUAAUAGUAGUUGAGUAUUAGUUGUGAGGUUUUAAAUGAACGAAGGUUGUCGUCUGUAACUAAUUUUUAUGCCUCUUAACAAAGCACAAAUAUAUGAAUCUAAUUUUGCAGAUUUGAGCUCUUAAA